GGUCGUCCCUACCGCUCACACCUCAGACCUGCCUGUGAUGCCUGUCGCCGUCGCAAGUCCCGGUGUACAACAACAGAAUCAUCCGACGCGUGUUUGAUGUGUCAAGUCCAUGGUUCACAGUGCGUCUUUGUUGAUAGUGAUCAGUCGCGUCGUCGAAAGGUGCCUACUCCGCACGGUCGUGCAUCAAGUUACACAGAGAGCGGCGGGAGCAAUGUCGACCAUGAUGACACGUCCAUAUCGAUGGCAUAUUCUGGAGAAACUCACACUCACAAUGCCCUGUCCGAUGGACAAAGUCACCACCACGGACCAGCAGUCUUGGUAGAUCCAGGUCGUCCGCACGCUUCGGCCAUUACAGGCUCAACUGAAGAAGCCAGCAUGAGUGCCAUGCUCGCCGAGUCGGGAGAUUCUAACACACACAUCAUCAGUCCUGCGAUAGUCGAUGACAAUGAAGAGCUUGAUAGUUACCUAUCGAGCAAUCCAGCUGUCGGUAUACGAAGGAUUACUCGUACUUCAUCAACGAGUACAAACAUAGGCCCAUCUUCGAGACGUGUUCUCUUCAAUACAGUCCUCAAAAAGCCGCUGGGUAUACAUGCGAGGCAAUCGCUUGCCGCUAGCAAGCUUGAAGUCAUCGAGAAGUUACUCGAGCCACAUGGCACGGUUUUGAUUGAUCUGCAUACCUCGUUCCGCAGAACAUACUCUGAACACAAGGACCGGCUCUCACCUGCUCUGUUAUCCAAUUUGUACGCCAACGCGAUGACGUAUUGGAACAACUCACCACAACUACGUUCAUGUCAUCCUCCAGAUCAUCGCUUCAUAUGGGUGCAAGCCAAUGAGGCCCUACACUCCGAGCUCUUCCUCUCACCUGGCAUCUCGACCGUAAUAUCUAUCAUCUUGAACGUUCAUGGCAGACCAAGUACCUCAAUGUUUGGCAACGGUGGAAUGGUAGGAACGGCCGUAGCGCUCUCAAACUCUCUGGGUCUCAAUCGCGAUUGCUCAGCAUGGGACAUCAGUCCGGGAGAGAAGGCUCUGCGAUCCCGUAUCUGGUCGAUUGUUGUGCUGAUGGAUCGAUGGACAAGUCUUGCUUAUGGCACUCCGCUAUUGAUUCAUCGUGCGCAGUAUGAUGUGCCUGUACCCAGCAAAGAGCAACUCGCCCAGCCUAAUGCGUCAAUAGCGCAAUAUGCUGGAUUGUCUAUUUUCCUGGCCAUGUUGACUUUGACCGAUGUUUUGUCGCACUACCUUGAGAACGUAUACUGCAUCUCACGGACCUCUCCCAUUGAUCGACCACCCACCUCAUCCUUUCAUCUCGAGACGCUUUUGACCGACUGGGAAGAUUCUUUGGAAGACGACAUACGUCGACUCGUGAUCAGAGGAAACGAUCUCGAUCGUGCAGGAUCAGGCAACCUCAGACUCUCUUAUCUUGCGGUUAAACUCUUGCUCCGGCGCAUCCUAUGUGACACCACCAACGCUACGACAGAGAACGAAGGCGCAGUCCAAGCUCGCCUGCAGACUCAGAGAGUGGCGGAAGAGAUUGUUCUACUCGUGCAAGAACUGAGCCAUUCUCAUCUGAGGGGCUUCUGGAUGCCAUCCAAUGGCUUCACACUCACCUCGGCGACGUUGUUCUUGCUACGUGAUGCAUUGAAAACCACCAACAGGACUCGCAAUACUUCACUCAAGCUAGCCAAAGAUAUGAUGUCGAGUCUACAGACUCAUCGCGUCAACGACUCUUGGGAUCUGGCGGAUGACUGCUUAUCGAACUGUACAGACAUGACUGACAGAAUUGAGGCUGGAAGGACUUUCGAGUCACCUGGGAUGAUUGAGUCUCAAUACUUCAUUGAUAACAACUCUCUCAUGUUCAACGAUCCAGUGUUGGGCUUCGCAAGCGCUUUCGACUUCGAUCUUGAGAAUUUCCAAUGGAACGAAACUACAUGA